AACCACAACUCAUGUCCUAUCCUUAAUAAACCCACGUGUGCUUUAUUUUGCAGUUGAGCUUAAUCUCAUGUCUUCGCUCUUUCGAAUCGGUCAAGUUCUGAAAGGGCGUGCUAGCAAAUACACGAUCACAACACAAAUCCAAGAUACUGUGUGGUUUGCAAAAAAUCAUUUGCAGGAGCGUGUGGUGAUCAAGAGCGUUCAGGGUCAUCCGCGGGUAGAGAAUGAAAGAAAUGUACUCGAAAGAUUUCAGCACCGCACCCCGUACCUCCGACCCUUGAUUGAUGAAAUCGACGAACCGUCUGUCCCUGUGACUAUUGCCCUAAGAUAUUUGCACGGGGAUCUUUUAGACGCCUCUGUUGCGAAAACUUUAAAUAGGAGAGAGCUUAAAUACGUGUCGCGAUGUGUACUGGAGGCAUUGAGGACCUUACAUGAGGAUGGGUUUGUGCACACAGAUGUCAAGCCAGAUAACGUGUUCGUUAAUCUGCAAGAAGGCGAUAUUCGAUUUUCCGACGUGCAACUGGGCGACUUGGGUGGAAGCUACCCCGUUGACUCAGAGUGGGCUACAUCUGGCACCGUGGUGGGAGCACCGAUGUGGACAAGCCCAGAGAUUCUCAUGGAACUGCCGUGGAACACUGCGGCUGACAUAUGGUCUUUCGGCACUAUGCUUAUAAGCCUUAUCUACGGUGGACACUUCAACCUGUUCCAACCCAAAGACUUGAACCGUGAUGACGACGAGUAUGUGCUUGGGGUUGUGGAAGAGCAGUUUAAAUAUUUUGGUCCUUUCCCAGCCAAAAUCGCUGAGAUUGCAGACCCAGAAACGGUUCAAUCCAUUAUGUUGAUUAUGCAAAAUAUCCCAAAGGAGAAGACGACGCCAUUUUGGCGAACUACUGAGAGCGAAGUAAACUACAGAGACAAUAUCUUCAUAUCAAAGAUGAUGAAACUCGAUUGGAGAGACCGCCCAACAGCAAAAGAGUUACUAGAAGACGAAUGGUGGAAUAACGACGCGGAAUAACAUCGACUAGUAUACCGUUGAGUAGGAGUAAGUUGCUUAUUGUGGGAGGACGACGAUGGAGAGACAACGAUGGGAAGGGGUGUUGAGAUGAAUGGAGAGGGCCGGCGACUGAUACCAUGUGUAACGAAUUAUGGCGAGGCAUUCUAUCUCACCAGCACACGGUAGCCCAGCGCAUAGACAUGGUCGUAGGGUCGGUUUUGCGGCGUGGUGGUUGCAUAGCACAGGAGUCGAAAUCAUAGUCCAUAACCAUACCAAGACCAGC